AUGAUUAGUAGUCUUGAAAAUGGGCCUACUGAGGAGGAUCUUGAGUUAUUACUGGGGGGAUGUAAUAAGGAAGAACAAUUAUUAUUUGUUGAUUUGAGGGAAGAACCAGAUGAUUUUGAAGAAACUAAUUACCAGGAAAAUUUCAAUAAUUUGAAUUCAGGUGACUAUAUAGAAAGGAAUGAUAAUAAAAAAAAUCAAUAUGAAGCUGGUAAAUUGAGAAAACAUAGAGCUAAGCCAAAAAAAACAAGGCCAAAGAGGAAGAGAAAUCAAUUUAAAGAUAAUUCUGAUAGAAUUUCAAUAGAUUCUGAUGAAUUUGUUGUACCAGAUGAUGAAAUAAUUCCACCUGACUGGGAAUAUAAUUAUGAAAAACCAAUUGUGUGUCAAAAUGUUACAUUUUACAACAAAGUUGACAAUAUCUUAACUAGUAAAUUUGAAAAUGUUGGUAAUUUUAACAAUAAUGGAAAGGAAUGUAACUGUAGUGAAGACUUGGAUGAAGAUUUGGACGAAGAUUUGAUUAAUAAUCUGGUAAUUAAUAGAAGUGGAUUAAAAACCAAAAAAUAUCAGAUUAAAAUGAGUGGAAUUGACAUUGAUAAAGAUUAUAUUGAUGAUAAAGAUAACACUGCCUUAAUUGUUGAGAGCCACAUGGUGAAGGAUAAUCUUGAUGAUGAAGAGCAGGUAAUUUAUGUAGAUAAAAAAUUGGAUUCUUUUUUAAAGCAGACUGAUCAAAGUAAAGUUAUAAACAAAAUUAAGAGUGAUGAUUCUGAAUUAAUUAUUGAUAAAAGCGACGAUUUAAUUAUGAAUACAGAAACUUUAAAUUUUGGAAUCUUGAAUAUUUACUUCAAAAUAAUGAGUAUUUUUGAGGGAUUUGAAAAGUAUAAUAAAUCCCAAGAUUACAUAGAAAACUCUUUAAACCUUGAAGAAAAUGAUAUUUCCACUUUAUUAAUAAUAUUCAAGUCUAUUGAUAUUGAGUUCAGCAACUUCAGCAAUAAUAAAAAUAGUUGUAAUAGUAACAAUAAUAGCAGUAGCAGUAGUGGUAACUUUGAUUUAAUUCAAAUCUACCUGGAUUUAUUUUACAAGAAUAUUUUAAAUUUGUUUAGUAAAGUUCAAAAUUUUAAUUCAGCUUUUUUAAAGGAGUUACAUUUUGAAAUGAUUGGUUUUCUUGAAUCAAAAUAUGAGGAAGUAAUUAAUUUAGACUCAUCCAAACUCGAUAAUAAAGCGAUAUUUUUGUUUUUAAGGGUUAUUGGACUUACUUUGUUUUUUGAGCAUUUACUAAUACGAAGUAUAAAGAUUGAAAAAUCUUCAGAAUCUAAGGUCCAAAACAUGAAUGAAAUAGUUCCAGUUUUUUUUGGUAAUGAGAAUAUUUUGAAUAAAAAUAAUGUAUCCAAGAUUCUCAGACAAAUUUUGAAAAAAAUGUUGGAUCAUUUAUUAGAUUUGGCUUUAAAAGAUAAUUUGAAAGACAAAAUGAAUGAUUUUCAAUGCAUUUUGAUUUUAACUUUGUUUUUUAAUUUUAAACUGAGUGGUGACUUAAUUUUUACAAUUAUUUCAGAAAAAUACCAUAAAGAAUCCAAUUUAAAUUCUGAAAUCUUUCUCUUUUAUUAUUAUGCAAUGAUUGUCUAUAGUAAUAUAACCGAUUUAAAAUUUGAUAUUUCCAAAUUAUUUGCAAAAUUUAUUUUCGAGUUUAAAAAUAAAUCUUCCAGUAAAAAAGAUUGCUUAAGCCACUAUUACUUAUUAAAUGAGUAUUUAAAAACAGUUAGUGUCUAUCAAAUUAACAAUAUUAAUUGUGGAAAUAAGUUUGAAUCAUUAUUAUACUGGCUGAGUGAUUCAAAUUUUCUUUAUAAUGUUAAUAAAAAAAAUGAAAUGAACAUUUUUUUGUCAAUAAUAAAUGAUAAAGAAUCCAAUUUAGAAAUCUUCUACUCCAAUAUUCAUUUAAGUUACUCAAAAUUAAAGGAAAUUUACCAUAAAAUAAGCUGUUUAGAAGGAAAAUUUAAAAGGAUAUUAUUCUUGGAUUUUGGUCAAAAUGAUGAUAGUACCUUUACAGAAAUAACUGGUGGUAUUAUAUUGCAAGAUGAUAUUAAAAAAAUUGAUAUAUUCGAAUUAACAGAAGAAAUUUAUUUUUAUUUAUUCAAUUUAUUAAUAAAUUUUAUGAAAAAUUCCAAAGAAUUGAAUUUACUUUUAAAGUUUAUCCAUAUCCACUUUGAUUUUGAAAAGGCUUCAAAUAUUUGCAAAAAUGAUAUUACAAUGCAUUAUUUGGUAUACAAUUCCUUAUUUACGGCUUUAUUAGCGAAUUCUAAAAAAUUUGAAUUUGAAAUUCCAAUUUUAGAUUUGUAUGAAAUUUAUUUGGAUGAAAAUGAUAAGAUAAAUAACUAUCUUUUAACUGAAAUGGUGUUAAAUUGCAACAAUACUGAAGAUAAUCAUUUUAUUAAGAAAAUUCAAUUGAAUAAGAAUUAUAAAUUGCUUAUUCAAACUCUAUUAGGUUCUUCUAAGUUUGGACCUCAUUUUGAAAUAAAUUUCCAUAUUGAUAUAAUUUAUAAUAUUAUUACUUUAAUUGAAUCUUUGGAUGAAAAAAAUUCAAAAUUUGAUUAUCUAAGAGAUAUCAAUAAGCUAAAGUUGAAUGAUUUACUUGGUUUUAAUUCAAAUAAAAUUAUCCCAAAAAAUAAUUUCAAUAAAUAUUCAUUAAAUUCGAAUGAAUUAUUUUUACAUUCAUUAUUAAUUAGUAAAUUUAAUUCAAAUGCAUUAUUUACACACACAAUUAACACCGGUACUAAAUUAUCACUUACACUUAAAAAAAAUAAUACAUGUAAAAUUCAUGUGGAUAAUAAUAAUAAUAGUAACAAUAAAUUACAUAAUAUUGAAAAUGAGUUAAUUAAGGUAAUGAUAUAUUUUAAGAUAAUAAUAGAAGAGAUAUUGGAUAUUUAUUUUGAUUCAAUAUAUAAAAUAUCAGAUGAUAAAUUAAAUCAAAAAAAUAUUGAUUUUAUUGACGAAAUUUUUAAUUUAAUAAACAAUUUAUCAAUUUUUUUAGUUUGGAAUUUGUUUGAGUUAAACGAUUCAACAGUUUGUAAUUUUUUAAGAUAUUUCUUCGGCUUGAUCUCAGAUAAAUUAUUAUAUUAUACUAAAUAUUUUAAAAACAACAAAAAUAAUGGUGGACAAAUUUGUGAAUUGUUUAUUUUCCAUACUUUCAGAAAUUUGGGAGAAUUUAUUUUAAAAUUUUUCGAUAAGUUUAAUCAAAAUAUUACAUUAAAAUGCGAAAUCUAUUCAUUUAUGAUUGUUUUGUAUUUAUUAAUGUUUAAUAUUAAGCAUUUUAGCUUGAAAUAUCAUUACAUAGAAUAUUUCAAAUUGGAAAAGAAGGUAUUUGAAAAAAUUCAAAUAUUAAAUAAUAAUGACAUAUUUGAUAUUUCUAAAAUUAAGAGUAAAAAAAAAAUUGUUGGAAAAUUGAAGAAUAAUAAUUUGAUUAAUUAUUAUAUUAAAAAGAGAGUUUGUAAUAAUUUGAGCUCAAUUUAUAAAUUGGUUGGAGUAAUUAGUAAUUUGUGGAAAUCAAAAAUUAAGACCAUAUUAGAUUACAUUGAAUUUUACGAUUCAUCUGAUAAUGAAUCUUUAAAUUCUGAAUCUAAAACAUUUAAUAUUAACGGGUUGAUAUUAGAAUUAUAUUUUUACUAUUAUAUUUCUUAUUUAGAUAAUGAAGUUUUGCAAAUAAUUAAUAAGAAGGCCAUCACCAAUUCUAUUAAUUUAUAUUCCAGUAAUAAUAUAUUUGGGUUAUUAAUCAAUUUUAUCUUAAAAGGAAUAAGUGAAAAUCAUAUUAAUAAAAAUACUACAACUAUGGAACUUAUUUUGAAUUGGAAUCACAUUAAUAAUUCGGUUAAGGGAUAUAUAAACCAAUUAAAAAAUGAUUUAUUGAUAAAUAUUUGGAUUAAUUAUGAUUUUAUACAAAUGAUUAUGAUACCUAGUAGUUUCUCAUGCAGAUUCAUUUAUAUGAGAAUAAAUUUCUGGGUUAAUAUUCUAAGUAUUCCGCUUUCAAAAAUGUUAAUUAAUUGCAAUGAGGAUUUUAAUAAUGUAAGAAUUACUCUCGAAUAUCCAUUAAAAUAUUUUAAAAAGCUAAUAAUAUUGAAAGAUAUAGACGUUAUUGAAGAAAAUCUGGUAAAUUUUUCAAUAAACUUUAUUAUUGAUUCUGUAAGAUUAAUUCAUUUGUCUUACUUCAAAAUCGUUUUAAAAAUGUUGAUUUCCAAAAUUCAAAAUACUGAAAAGUAUCAUUUAGAGCAUGAAGAGUUGACUAAAUUGAUCUUAAAUUUACUAAAUUAUAUGACAGUAAUAUCUCAAAAAAUAAAAAUUGAAUUUGAUUCAAAUCAAAUAAAUUCUAAAUUUGAAAUAGACGAUAACAUAAAAUCUGAUAUUCUUGAUAUCAUUUCUCUUAUAAUAUCUUACCUAAAUCAGGUAUCCAAAGUGGUACAUGAUAUUUUAAUCAAUAAAAAGGAGCUCAUUCAUAAUUAUUAUAGCAAUUCCUUUGAUGGCAAGACAUUUUAUCAAAUUAAUUAUGAAUCAUUAAAGAAAAAAACUGAAUGGAUUAACUAUUUUAUUUAUUCUAGCAAUUUAAAUUAUUCUAAUAAUUCCGAAAGUCAAGAAAAAUAUAAUAUACUUGAAUAUAUUCUAAAAAAUAGUGAUAGAUAUUCUUUAUCUGUUGAGUUUCAAAAACUUCCAAAAAUUUUUCAAUAUAUUAAAAAGAAAACUUCCAAAAGGAUUACUUACAAAUUUUAA